AUGUCUCAACACACCAUCUUCGUCAGCGGCGCAACAGGCACGGUCGGCGGUUCAGUCGCGCGAAACCUCCUCGCAGCCGGCAUCGCAGUCCACGCCCUCGCCCGCAACCCAGACUCUCCCGCCGCCAAAGCGCUCUCCUCCCUCGGCGCCUCUCUCACCCCAGGAGGCUACGACGACGAAGGUGCCCUCGAGGAGGCGAUGAAAGGCAUCACAGGGGCCUUUUUGAACCUGAUGCCCGACUUCGUCGACCACACCUGGGAACUCAAGACGGCGAAGCGCAUCAUGGCCGCUGCCAAGGCGGCAGGCGCCACACAAUUCAUCUACAGCAGCAGCUUCUCGGUAGACGCUCCUCAGAAGCUCAAGUACUGGGAUCCCGAAAGCUUCACUGCUAUGGUCCUUCUCUCGAAGCAGGCUAUUGAGAACGAGGUCCGGAAAGCGGGCUUCGAGCACUGGACGAUCCUACGACCCGGGAACUUUACGGCGAACUACAUCCUCCCGAUCGUUGCCGUGUACCCGGAUCUUGCCAAGAAAGGGCGCUUCGUAACAGCUCUGACGCCCGAGACGAAGUUGCCGACGGUGGACCCGAACGAUAUCGGACAGUUUGCGUUGGCGGCGUACCGGGAUCCUGUCAAGUUCAACACUCAGGAGAUCUCACUUGCGUCGGAGCUCCUCACCGCAGAUGAUAUCAUGGGGAAACUUGCGAGGUUUACGGGGAAGGACAUCAAGGCUGUCUAUCUCUCUGAUGAGGAGGUUGAGGCGCAGAAAGGAGGGAACCCGUUCUUGGCUGGACAGCUGGCUAUGCGUGACAUGGAUCAGUUUGCUGAUAUUGAGGGGACAAGAAGCUGGGGAGUUGCCUUGGGGACCUUUGACGAAUAUCUGGAGCGGGAGAAAGAGAGGGUCAGCGAGACCUAUGGACAUCUUGCAUAG